UUCCUGUUUAUUCUUUGCGCAAUGACACUCACCAGUUACCGAGUGAGGACAGUUUGUAAAUCGUAGAAAUUAGCGCUCCGUCGCGAUAGGACAUGGAACGGCGCCCACAAAUUCUGCUAGCAGCAACAGGAAGCGUCGCUAGCAUCAAGGUUGCGACGCUCUGCCGAUUGCUACUGGAGAUAGGCGACGUAAAACUGAUUGUCACCAGCUCAGCGAAGCAUUUCAUCAACGAGGACGAGCUGCCGGAUGCGGUGAAGCCGAUUCUAGGGGACGAGACGGAGUGGCGGCAAUGGCGCGCCGUGGGCGACCCCGUGCUUCACAUCGACCUGCGCCGCUGGGCCGACGUGCUGGUGGUUGCACCGCUGUCCGCCAACAGCCUGGCCAAGCUGGCAAACGGUAUGGCUGACAACCUGCUGACGUGUGUGGUACGUGCCUGGGACUUCCGCAAGCCCCUGCUGGUUGCGCCCGCCAUGAAUACGGCCAUGUGGGCGUCGCCGUUCACCGCUCGCCACCUAGACACGCUCACACAGCUGGGCGCCGGCGCUGGCAGUAGCAGCAGCAGCGGCGGCGGUGGCAGUAGCGCUGCAGCUGGAGCUAGCAGUGGCGGCUGUAGCACGGUUGUGGUGGUGGCGCCUGUCAGUAAGCGGCUGGCGUGCGGGGACGAGGGCACGGGAGCCAUGGCGGCGCCGGAGACCAUUGCGGCUGCCUGCCGCGCAGCGGUGCAGCGGGUGAGCUUGGUGGCACCGGAGCAUGCCCAGCAGCCGCAAACACAGCCAGAGGGGGCGCAGGACGGGCGGCAGGGCAAUCACGCAGGCACCCACGUGUCGGCUGGAGAUGCAGUGGCGUCCGGGUCUAUGGCAGUAGCGGCAGUAGCAGCGGAGGCAGCAGCAGUAGCAGCACCUGCGGCACCCAGCACCUCGGGGAGAGGCGGCACUGGUAGCGAGGCUGCGGCAGAGCAAGGGCACGCAGCGGACGGCACUGCUGGGCCAGACGUAUCGGGAGGCUCCAGGAAUGGCAGCGCAGAGCCGGCGGCGGCGGGUGCGGCGGCGGCGACGGUGUUGGGGGCAGGGCCAGGAGCAGGGGGCGAGGAAGUAAGGGCGGGGGUUGAAGGGCGCGCGCGGAAGCGGCAGCGGUGGGGCCCUGAACAGCAAAGGACGCAUGGCGCGGUGGCACUGUGAGGCGGCCUAGGUAUUGCUGGUGGGGCUGAGUCGGGCACGUGGGGACAAUCUUCUGUCAUCCCCGCUGCGAACCCAGAAGUAUGACUCUGUCUAUUGGCGGGGUCUCCAACAAUGUACAUGGCGCUAGGUUCUUUGGUGCGUGAAGCAGCAGCGGAAUUUUGUGGCAUGGUGUGGGUUCGGAAUCCUGGUUUGGGUGGAACAGGGCAGGGGGACCUCGCUGCCGCUGCUGUGGCGUAGGAGCAGCCUGCCAAGACUGCCACUUGGGGUGUUGAUUGAACCGGGUAUUGCUCAUUGCAAGUUGGGUUUGGUUUCGUCAAUUGGUUCCUUAGUCCAGGACACCCCUGGUCCAGGACUCCUAGUGUACAGAACACGGUGUUG